UUUGCUGAAGUUAAUUUUUGACUAUGCACGCUUUUGUUUCUUGUAAAACUGCAAUACAGAAGCAGUUUCUAAUUUGAACUCAUCUUGAAAUCACAUUUUAACCUGUGGUAAAAUAUGAGGAACACUGCUGUCAUUUUAAUUCCGGCUUUAAUAAUAACAACUCUGCUGGCUGACAAAGGCAAGAACUAUGCCAAAGAAAAUGUUUGCCAAGGGCUCAAAGACAUUGGAAUCGAAAAGUUCAAAGAAAUGGUCACUGUCCUCUACAGUCAAAAGUUCCCGAAUGGCACAUUCCAGGAGGUCAGUUGUGUGGCAGAUGAAAUGACUAAGCUUGCAGAAAAAUGCUGCAAAGAUGAUGCCAGUCCUGACUGCUAUGAUAAAGGAGCUACAGAGAUCUCUGAGAAGUCAUGUGGAAAGGACUCUCCAUUCCCUAAACAUCCAGGCAUCGAGCAGUGCUGCACACUUCAGGGUCAAGAGAGGAAACUUUGUCUGGCCUCACUACGGUACACUGCAGAUGAGCUGCCAUCCCUAACGGAGCCCACAAAUGAAGAGAUCUGCACCGAGUACACUAAAGACGAGAAGGACUACAGUGUCAGGUAUGUGUACGAGUUCGCCCGGAGGCACAGAAACAUCCCAGCAGGCUUUGUUCUAAAUGCUACUCAGAACCAUGUGAGAAUGGCAGAGAGAUGUUGCCGCCCUGAUAUCAAAAACUCUUGUUUCCUUCAAGAGAGACUCCAGAUGCGAAGCUCCAACAUUUUUCUGAAGUUUCUCUCCAAUGUUUGCAACAACCAAGUAAAUCUGAAAUCCUUCAAGUUUGGGUUGUCUGCAUACUAUGGGAAUCUCCUAGGACUGUCCUUUGAAGAGGCAUCAGCCAUGUCCGGCCAUUUCCACUCUGGGCUCGAAAAAUGCUGUUUAAAACCCCAACCUGAAUGUAUAAUUGAAGAGCUAACAAGCUUUCAGAAAGUUAUCUGCGGUGAAUCCAACCUGAAUGCCAUGUCUGAGGAUUUCCAUAAGUGCUGCAAGAAACCUGCCCUGGAUACCCUGCUCUGCCUGGAUGACUUGAAAAGGCAACCCCGUCAAUCUCCAGAUGUAGCCAAUCCUGUUUCAUCUAAGCUCUGUGAAGAAGCUCAACCACAUGGGAUUGACAGAUACUUGUUUCUAACUGGAGUGAAUCAUGCCUCCAUUUCUCUCCCUGUGCUGACGACCGUUCUCGAUCGAAUCAAGAACACAGUAACGGCCUGCUGCUCAUCUGCUGACAUCACAACGUGUUUAACAGAGAAGGAGAGUAAAUUGAAAAUGACUCAGGCACUUCUGUCCAAGUUGGAUGACACUUGUUCGCGGUACUUCAGACUGGACCUGCCUGCGUUCAAAACUCGGAUGCAGAAGGAGGUGCAGGGAGAGGGAGGAGAGAAGCGGACACAAGCAUGGCUGGACUUGGCCAUAUCCUGCUGUUCUCAGCGCUCCCCGGCACAACUCUGUCAAAAGCUGGUGAGCACACUGACUUACCAUUGACCUUUGAAAAGUUUUAGCCAUAGAACAUUUUGCAGUGUAAUGAAGUUACAACAAUUAUUAUUUUUAUAUUAUAGUUGAUUUAUCAGAUAGAUAAUGAUGUUUUAACGAUGCAGAAGAAAAACCAUCUUUAAAAUCAUAUAAAAAAUGUGAAAAAAGUAAUUGGACUUGUUCUCAGAGAACCUGACAAUAAUUUAUUUUAUUUUUCUUAUCCCCCAGGCAAAGAGUUUUUCCCUCCUGUUUUUAGCAUAAACCAAACUAAAUUGUGUUAGAUUUAUACU